AUGAAAGACGGCUACAAGUCAUCCACAUCCUUCACAUACCUGCUCCUGAAAACAGGCAUUCCCCUCACAGCCAGGAACUACUGCGGUCAAACACUUCUAUAUACCGUGUGUAGCGUCGUGCCAUCCUACCCAGAACGGUUGCUUGAUUCCACAGAAAACCUAAUCAGCCAUCUCUCUGCAUCCGAAAAUCUCCUACAUCUGUUCACCAAGCUGCUGUGUAGCCAUGAUGGUUACGCAACCGCGUUUGCCGCGAACCUAUUUGCUCCGAACGAUGAGGAAUACGUGGAAUCGUUUAAAUAUCUAAUGGAGCUGGGGCUGGAUCCGUUUUAG